CUCGGCCAGUGGUCUGCCUCACGCAUGCGCACUGCGUGCUGUGUGAGCUGUCUCCUUCACUGCGCCCCGCUGCUCCGAACAGCCCCUCACACUUUGCACUCUGCGCCCCCCCGACAAAGACAUGGCAGAGAAAGGAUCAGUGUGCGAGGUCCAGCAGGACCAGGCAGGGAAAGGCAAGCGGGCAGUGACCAAAGACCACUGUGGGACAUGUCAGCAGCGCACUCCCAACGGACAUGGCACAAUGACUGUUCCUCCUGCAUACUCAGACUUGGGGAAGUCUGCCAAAGACAUCUUCAACAAGGGCUUCGGAUAUGGAGUUCUCAAGCUGGACGUUAAGACCAAGUCCCAGAGUGGUGUUAUGGAGUUUGCCACCUCUGGCUCCAACAACACCGACACAGGGAAGUCGGGAGGCCACCUGGAGACAAAGUACAAAAUGAAGGAGCUGGGCCUCAACUUCCAGCAGAAAUGGAACACAGACAACACUCUCAGCACGGAGAUCACCAUGGAGGACCAGCUGACUUUGGGCUUGAAGCUCGGUCUGGAUGCCUCAUUCGUGCCCAACACCGGCAAGAAGAGUGCCAAGCUGAAGUCCGGCUACAAACGGGACUUUGUGAAUGUAGGCUGUGACCUGGACUUCGACAUGGCUGGUCCCACCGUCCACGCGGCCGCCGUUCUGGGCUACGAGGGCUGGCUGGCGGGCUACCAGUUGGCUUUCGACACGGCCAAAUCCAAACUGACCCUGAACAACUUCGCCCUCGGAUACAAGGCCGGUGACUUCCAGCUUCACACCAAUGUCAAUGAUGGCACAGAGUUUGCGGGCUCCAUUUACCAGAAGGUGAACAGCAACUUGGAGACAGCGGUGCACCUGGCCUGGACAGCUGGCAGCAACAACACCCGCUUUGGAAUCGGAGCCAAAUACCAGCUGGACAAGGAUGCCUCCCUGUCUGCCAAAGUCAACAACGCCUGCCUUGUUGGAGUUGGCUACACACAGAACCUCAGGCCAGGUGUGAAGCUCACCCUCUCGAGUCUGCUCGAUGGGAAGAAUGUGAACGGCGGCGGGCACAAAGUCGGCUUGGGCUUCGAGCUGGAGGCAUAGGGAGGUCAGCGGGAGAGAAGGGAAGAAACACUGGGUAGCGGCGACGAGCCCGAAUGUGACAAACAGCAAGGGUCCGCUCAGCGACCCCGUCGCCCUACACACGCACACACAUGCACACUCGUUUGCCUUAUCCCUUGAACCCAAAGCCAUGCUUCAAACCCUUCCGCGCUGUAGUUUUGAAAGAGCCAUGCAAUAUUGUUAUGAUGGUUACUUUUAAAUCCAAGCACAUACAUUUUCUUACUGAAAUAAGACAUUAAGCACCUUUUCAUUUUGGCUGUGUAGUCCGAAUGCUUUUGCCCAGAUGUACUCUUUAGAUUAUUAUAGGAAGCUGCUCUCAGUUUGUUGUGGUUUUGCUGCAUGCUUUCGAGGAUAGAGAGACAGGGUUUUCUUUCCAGAUGUCGCAGAAUAAGAGGCAAUAAAAGCUGGAGAGAAUUAGGCAGAAAAUAGAUCCUUCUGGGAUCUAGUGCUCUGACUGUGAUUCUACUCUUUGACCUCAGUUUUGAACAAGGAACCUUCAGUUGCCUUUCAGGUCCUUUUUUGGUUGAUCGAAAUUGGAGACAGUUCCCUCUCUGUGUCGUCUUGUUUUGUGUCCUGUACCUUUUGGACCUUUACUACUACAGUUCCCUAAAUCUGUGCUGUGUGUAAGCAAGUUAGUCAACCAUCAGGACCUCAAACUGAUUUGAAAUAAAGAAUAUAAAUAUAAUAUAAAA